AUGCCUGAGGUACCAGUGCGGGUAAAUGGGGGAGUUGCAGUUUUCUGCGAUCCACCCAACUACCCAAGGGAAUAUCCCAGUGUCACUGGUUUCGGGUCGGCUGUCGGGGUACAUCCUAAGGCGCCUCUAAGGGACGUUAAAGGGGUGGUAGGACAGGUGGAGAGAGAGUUGAGGAAGGAUGGGGUGGUAGCGCUUGGAGAGAUCGGUUUAGACAGAACCGUGCCUGAAAGAGAGUGGGGUAGGCAGGAGGAGAUGUUUGUAGGGCUGUUGGAGCUGUCUUGCCCUAGACGACCAGUUAUUUUGCAUAUUCGGGGGCAGGACACGUACUCUUGUGAGGCUUGUGCCCUUGCCCUCCGACUCAUGCAGAAGAACGUUAGUCCGACUCAGCGGAUACACCUCCACUGCUUCACGGGAACUCUCGAUCAGGUUCUGAGUUGGUCCGCUGCAUUUCCCCGUUGCUACUUUAGCAUCUCAGGUCUGGCUGCGCGUUUUGAUGAGGUGCAAAAGUCAGCUGUGCGAGGGAUUCCGGCCGACCGACUCCUAGUUGAGACCGAUUCUCCUUACUUGCGAAUCCGAAGUAAGAAAGACAAUACUCCGGCGUACGUGGGUGAAGUUGCAAAUACGGUGGCCCAGAUCCAGAAGGAGACCCUCAGGGAGAUAUUGCGCACUACUGCUGAGAACGGCAGGCGUCUCUAUAACCUGUAG